AUUGAUUGGGACAAGGAGGGUUAAGUUCCUGGUUGCUCCAAUUCAUAGCAGGCAAUUCAACUGGAUUGACUUCUUCCUUCAUUCGUUCGUUCCUCAUCAUCCAUUCAAAUACACAACUCCUUGGCCUUCCCCCUUGCAUCCAUUGAAGAAGAAGAAGACGACAUUUCCACACAGAAAGCCGAUGGGUGCAAGUAGCGAUCCCAAUCAGGAUGCUUCCGACGAGCAGCAGAAACGCUCUGAGAUCUACACCUAUGAAGCGCCAUGGCACAUCUACGCCAUGAAUUGGAGUGUCCGCCGUGACAAGAAAUACCGUCUCGCCAUUGCUAGCCUCCUCGAGCAGUAUCCCAACCGUGUCGAGAUUGUCCAGCUCGAUGACUCCAGCGGCGAGAUCCGCUCCGACCCUAAUCUCUCCUUCGAGCAUCCUUACCCUCCUACUAAGACCAUCUUCAUCCCCGACAAGGAGUGCCAGCGCCCUGAUCUUCUCGCCACUUCCAGCGAUUUUCUCCGCGUUUGGCGCAUCUCAGAUGAUCCUUCUUCUGUAGAACUCAAGAGCCUUCUUAAUGGCAACAAGAACAGCGAAUUCUGUGGCCCUCUCACCUCCUUUGACUGGAAUGAUGCUGAACCUAAGCGUAUUGGGACCUCCAGUAUCGAUACUACCUGUACCAUUUGGGAUAUUGAGCGGGAGACCGUUGAUACACAACUCAUCGCCCAUGAUAAGGAAGUCUACGACAUCGCCUGGGGCGGUGUUGGUGUUUUUGCUUCCGUUUCCGCCGAUGGUUCUGUCCGGGUCUUCGAUUUGCGCGAUAAGGAACACUCUACUAUCAUCUACGAGAGCUCCGAGCCUGACACUCCAUUGGUUCGACUAGGCUGGAACAAGCAGGACCCGAGAUAUAUGGCCACAAUUAUCAUGGAUAGUGCCAAGGUCGUUGUGCUUGACAUUCGCUUCCCGACGCUCCCCGUCGUUGAGUUACAAAGACAUCAAGCUAGUGUCAACGCCAUUGCUUGGGCUCCGCAUAGUUCUUGCCACAUCUGCACAGCAGGGGAUGAUUCUCAGGCCUUAAUUUGGGAUUUGUCAUCCAUGGGGCAACCUGUCGAAGGUGGCCUCGAUCCCAUUCUUGCAUAUACAGCUGGAGCAGAAAUCGAGCAGCUGCAAUGGUCUUCUUCCCAGCCGGACUGGGUUGCGAUUGCCUUUUCGACUAAGCUUCAGAUUCUUAGGGUAUGAUGCAUCAACACCUAGCUUUGGUUCUUCACCUACACAGAUAGUCAUGUCUGAGAACCAUCAUGUGUAACUUUGUUGUGCUAGUUAAUGUGUCCAAUCCAUCCUUUAAGAACUACAGAACCUACAAAAGAUGCAUACUUAGUUUUCUCUAUCUGAUAUUUACAGGGCUUUGUAGAUAGACCUCUCUGUAUGUAGCAAGUUACAGAUAUAGAAUGAUUUAUUCCUUUAAUGCCAUGAGGAUUCAACGUACAGUUUUCUAAA